CAAAUAGCACCCGUCGUAUGCAGUGCGACAAAGCUAGGCCUACUCUCACUCUUCUGCUAUAUACCAAAUUAUAGACACCACUUUGUCUAGUCUGACUCCCCAGGAGUGUAUAUAUUUUUGUAUUGCUAUUCUUCUAAUUUACCAGGCAAGAUGCCUCGGAUUAUGAUCAAAGGGGGUGUUUGGAGAAACACCGAGGAUGAAAUUUUGAAAGCAGCUGUGAUGAAAUAUGGCAAAAACCAGUGGGCUCGAAUUGCAUCACUGCUUCACAGGAAAUCUGCUAAACAGUGCAAGGCCAGAUGGUAUGAGUGGCUGGACCCAAGUAUCAAGAAGACAGAAUGGAGCAGAGAGGAGGAGGAGAAGCUGCUUCAUUUGGCCAAGCUGAUGCCCACACAGUGGCGUACCAUUGCGCCCAUCAUCGGCAGGACAGCGGCACAGUGCCUGGAGCACUAUGAAUACUUGCUAGACAAGGCACAGAACCGGGAACAAGAUACUGAGGAUGAUCCCAGAAAGCUGAAACCGGGUGAAAUUGACCCCAAUCCUGAGACAAAACCAGCCAGACCGGACCCUGUUGACAUGGACGAAGAUGAACUGGAAAUGUUGUCUGAAGCAAGAGCCAGGCUUGCAAACACACAGGGCAAAAAAGCAAAGAGGAAAGCGAGAGAAAAACAGCUGGAAGAGGCCAGGCGUUUGGCAUCGUUACAAAAGAGACGAGAGCUGAGAGCAGCUGGCAUUGCAGUGAAACUAAAGCGCAAGAAGAAGAGAGGUGUGGACUACAAUGCUGAGAUUCCGUUUGAGAAGACGCCAGCUCCUGGAUUCUACGACACGUCGCAGGAAGUGUUUGAUCCGCUCAAUCCGAACUACAAACGCCUCAGGCAACAGAACCUGGACGGAGAACUGAGGCGGGACAAAGAGGAGAAAGAGAGAAAGAAAGACAAACAGAAGCAGAAGAAACGUAAGGAGAAUGAUCUUCCAGGGUCUAUUGCCAGUCAAGCAAAUUUUGCCGAGCCAGUCAAGAAGAGAAGCAAGCUGGUGUUGCCAGCUCCGCAGAUCUCGGAGGAAGAACUAGAGGAGGUAAUCAAAGUGGGACAGGCCAACGAGUACGCCAGGCAGCAGGUGGAGGACUCUGGCCGCGACGACUCCGCCUCCAAAGGUCUACUGCAGGACUACAAUCUCACCCCGGGCAACGUCAAUCUCCGCACGCCCCGCACACCCGCUGCGCAGGACACCAUUCUGCAGGAGGCUCAGAACAUCAUGGCUCUCACCAAUGUGGACACGCCCCUCAAGGGAGGGCUCAACACGCCGCUUCACGAGAGCGACUUCAGCGGAGUUACGCCCAACCGCCAGGUCUCCCAGACGCCAAACACGGUCCUGGGAACACCGAUGAGGACCCCGGGACACCCAGAGUCCGGUAUGACCCCACGGCAAGGCGGUGGUUUCCAGAGGCCCAACACUGACCAGUCCACCCCAAUGUCCACUCCACUCAGGGAUAAGCUCAACAUCAACGAAGACGAUGAGAUGAACGGAGGGAAUGUGUAUCAGCAGGUGGAUCAGAUGGACCUGCUGAGGAGAGGGCUGGCCGGCCUCCCCACCCCCAAGAACGACUACGAGAUUGUGGUGCCGGAGGAUGAGCAGGGGGCGGAGUCUGGUGGCCAGGGCGGUCGGCCCGCGGUGGAGGACCAGGCCGAUAUUGACGAGAGGGCCGAUUCGGAGCGGGAGCGACUGCGACAGGAAGAGCUCAAGCUGAGGUCGCAGGCCGUGCAGCGAGAGCUCCCGCGGCCGUUUGACGUCAACACAAACAUCAUGAGGCCCUCGGGGCCCAACGACCAACCACUGACGGAGCUGCAGAAGGCUGAAGAGCUGAUCAAACAGGAAGUGCUGAUCAUGCUGCACCACGACGCCGUCUUUUGCCCGACAGACUCGCAGCUCGGAGCGGGCGGGGUGAAGGGACAGGCUCCACAGAAGGCAGCGGCCAACCAGGCUGCUCAUUUGGCUUACCUGGACAAAAAUCCGUACACAGAAGUGGACCAAGAUGACAUGGAGAAGGCUCGUGAGAUGUUGCAGAAGGAGAUGCUGGUGGUGAAGGAAGGAAUGGGGCACGGGGAGCUCUCGCAGGAAGCUUUUGCUCAGGUGUGGGAGGAGUGUUACUCGCAGGUGCUCUUCCUGCCUGGCCAGAACCGCUACACACGAGCCAACUUGGCAAGCAAGAAGGAGAGGAUCGAGUCGCUGGAGAAACGACUGGAGAACAACCGGAACCACAUGACCAAAGAUGCCAAAAACGCGGCUAAACUGGAGAAAAAACUCAAAAUCUUGUUAGGCGGUUAUCAGUCACGAGCCCAGGGACUGGUGAAACAGCUGCAGGAGGUGACGGAGCAGAUGGAACACACCAGUGUGGAACUCUCCACCUUCGAGCACCUCCGUCAACAUGAGAUCGGAGCCAUUCCCAAGAGACUGGAGUCUCUCACCGAAGAUGUACAGAGACAGACGGAGAGAGAAAGAGAACUACAAAAACGAUUCGGAGAGCUUCAGCACAGGAAAGACAUCUUGUACGACUGAUCUCACACAAACAUUCUGGAGUACUGAAAUACAACAACAACAACAACAGCAACAACAAUAAAAACCAUCUUGUACAAAUAUUCUUAUUGAAGCAUUUUGUAGAAUUUCAACAUUUCAGCA